AUGACAGAUCAAUAUGAUCCCAAGUACAACAUUCCAGAAGACACGGUCCCAGAUGGACCGAUUCGCGUCAAGGCGAUAUACAUCCACCCGGUGAAAUCCUGCGGCCCAGUCGAGAUGCAUCGCGCCUUGUUAACGAAGACUGGGUUUCUCUACGAUAGAUGUUUUGCAUUUGCAACCGAGAUCACCGACGCAACGGGCUCGAAGUGGCGAUUCAUCAGCCAGCGCACCAAGCCCAUUAUGUCGCAGAUCAAGACUGAACUAUGGCUUCCCCACGACAAGACCAAUGUCCACGACCCUCUCGUCCAGGCAGGCGGCUGCGUGGUCCUGACAUUCCAAGACCCAGAACCUCCCAGCUGGACAGCCCGACUCGAGACAAUCCUGCACACCUGGGACCUCUCAUCAAAACCACAAACUACCCUCAUCGUCCCCCUCCAACCAACCCCAGCACAAACAUCCCGCUUCCAAAUCCGCCUGAGAACCUUCGGCAUCCACAGCCGCGAUGCCCAGGGCCUGGACCUGGGCACCGUCCCAUCCAUCGCAGCCGCCCUCCCCAAGCUAAAGACCUUCCUCGGAAUCCCUCUGACCCAACCCCUCACCCUUCUACGCUGCACACCCGACACACUCACCCGCACGGAUCGCAACCUCGCUCCCCUCAGCCACAUCGGCACGCCCUCCGUACACGGCUACACCGACCAGCAACCUGUCCACAUCAACAGCCUGGCCUCCGUGCACUCCGUAUCAUCCCUCCUCCCACCAGAGAACCGGCCCCUCAACGCGCUGCGCUUCCGCGCGAACCUCUGGAUAUUCGGCGCGCCAGCCUUCGACGAAGAAUCCUGGAAACGGUACCGCAUUCUGCCGCGAACGGGCGGCGGACCGCGCGCGGAGGUCAACCCCACACUGUGCGUGGUGUGUCGGACGUCUCGGUGCACGAUGCCGAAUGUGGACCCCGACAGGGGGGUUUUCGAUGCGGAUAGCCCGGCUCCCGGGAAGAAGAGGGGGAGGCCGCAGCCUAGCACGACGCUGGUGCGGUAUCGGACUGUUGAGGAGGGGAAUCCGGCGGCGCUGGGGUAUUUGGGGAUGCAUUGCGUGCCGGAAGAUAGGGGUUUGGAGGAGGCGAGGGGGCAGGGAGUUGGGCUGUAUGUGCAGGUUGGGGAUGAGAUUGAGGUGCUUGAAAGGGGGGUGCAUUUGUAUGGGUCUACGGGGGGUGACUACUAG